AUGUCCACUACCAAGAACCAAGCUGAGAAAACCUCUGAGGUUGUCGAAACUACACAAGCAGAAGAAGUUGGCCCAUCAUACAGCAAUGAAGUCACUCAACCAUCACAGAAACAACACUACACGUAUGACGCAGAAGCAAGACGCCAUCGUUUGGAUGGGGGUGUCAAAGUCAGAGACGCCUUGAUGAUUCUUUGUGCUGGGUUUGCAUUGAUCUCAGAUGGAUACCAAAACAACGUCAUGUCAAUGUUGAACAAGGUAUUUGCCAUAGAAUACCCCAAGGUUUACGACACAAACAUGUCAACACAAGUGUCUAAUGCAUCGUUGGUGGGUACCAUUUUUGGCCAACUUGUGAUUGGAUUCUGUACCGAUUUGAUCAGUAGGAAAGCAGCCAUCGUUAUUGCCACCUGCUUUUUGGUGUUUGGUAGUGCAUUAUGUGCUGCAUCCCAUGGCAAAACCGUGACUGGUAUGUUUUGGAUGUUGACCAUUAUGAGAGGGGUAACCGGAUUCGGUAUUGGUGCUGAGUACCCUUCAAGUUCAGUCACUGCUAGUGAAGCAGCAAACGAGUCGGUGAAAAGGAGAGGUAUGGCAUUCAUUUUGGUAACCAAUGUGCCAUUGUCAUUCGGCGGGCCAUUUGCAUCAAUCAUUUUCCUCAUCGUCAACAAAAUCACCAAGACCCAUUACGAUGCAUUGUGGAGAACCAUGUUUGCCGUUGGAUGUUUUUGGCCAUUAUCGGUUUUCUUCUUCAGAAUGAAGAUGGUUACUAGUGUAUUGUUCAAAAAGAAUGCCAUCAGACGUAGGCCACCGUAUUGGCUAGCCCUCAAAUACUACUGGCCAAGGUUACUCGGAACAACUGUUACUUGGUUCUUGUAUGAUUUUGUCACCUUCCCCAAUGGUAUCUUUUCUGCCACCAUUAUUUCCAAUGUGAUUUCCGAUACUAAAGAUUUGGAAAAGAUUGCUGAAUGGAAUUUGUUGCUUGGAGCUAUUGCAUUGCCAGGAUGUUUUGUUGGUGCAUAUCUCGUUGAUAAGCUUGGAAAAAAGUACACCAUGUUGAUUGGUUUCAUUGGGUACAUUGUGUUUGGGCUUAUUGUUGGUAUCGCUUACUACAGAGUCAAAAAGAUAACCGCAUUGUUUAUCGUUCUUUACGGAUUGAUGCAAAGUUGUGGUAAUGCCGGUAUGGGAAACGUGUUGGGUUUAGUCUCAAGUGAGUCAUUUGCUACUCCAGUCAGGGGCACAGGUUAUGGUAUCAGUGCCAUCAUUGGUAAGGUUGGUGCUGUUUGUGGCACCAAAGCCUUUGGCCGUGUCUUGACCAUUGGUGGGUCCAAAGCAAGUGGACAAAGAUGGACGUUUAUCAUUGCUGCCUGUUGUGGUGUGGUGGGAGUCAUUUUCACCUGGAUCUUUAUCCCCCAUUUGAAAACUGAUGAUUUGAUGGAGGAAGAUGUCAAGUUUAAGAAUUAUCUCAGAGAUCAAGGCUGGAAUGGUAAUAUUGGCCUUGAGGAGGAGGACGAGGAAAAGAGCGUCGAUAGCUCUGUGGAUUCUGAUGCUGUCGAAUUGCAGGAACAGAAACCAAUUGAGUACAAGGGAAACUAA